GAAACUACUUAGAUCCUCCAACCUAAAAUCGCUUUUCUGUUAAGUUUUCUUUCAAUCCUAUGGGUACUAUUGAUUACAUUUCUGAUCUGAACCUCCAAAGGCCUAGAUGGACUUUGUACGUGAAGAUUCUGUCCAUCUGGAAUCAAGGUAUUGAUGCUUUUGAAGAACCCACAAUCAUGAUACUCGCAGAUGAAAGGGCUAAUAUGAUUGAUGCAUAUGUCCCUCCUGGAAAUUACUUAUACAAUUUCCGGUCAGGUCUGAAGGAGGGUCAGUGGUACUACAUGGCUGACUUCCAUGUUGUACCUUCUACUAGACCUGUUAAGUACUCCUUCAAUCGUUUUGCACUUGAGUGUAUAUGGCCUACCACUAUGUGGCCUGUUGGUCCUAGAUCUAAUGGUAAUUUCUUCAACUUCAUACAUUCUGAUGAAGUUGAGUAUGCUGGCUCUGAGGAUAAGGACCAUGUUUCAGAUGCUAUUGGUGUAAUCUGUGAUGUCUCUGCAAUUCAAAGGGGUAGGUUUACAACCUGUGUUGCUGUGGGUAGGAACUGUCAGUCCUUUGUGACUAAAUGCCAAAACUUUCAAGAAGCAGAAGAUGAUGUCCAGGAUAUGGGAAUGGAGUUUGAACGUGUGAACUAAAGCACAAUGUCUUUGAAUAAUGUUUUGCGGUGUCUCAGUUAUAAGGAACCUACUUUUGAUUUUAUCUAUGGUUUAAAGACUUUAAACUGAUUGUUUCUGUUAUGUCUAUUUUGGUUUUAUUGUUGCUGGUGUAAGGAAGAACUUAUGUGACUUAAUUUAUGGUUAUCUUUGUAGCUUCUAUAUUCUAUUUUAGUCGCAUUUAUUCAAAUUAUAUUAGUUGAUCAUUUGUUUUGUUAACAAGAUUUCACAGAUCUUCUUGACUAAUCAAGUUGUUAAAAUUAC